AUAAGGAGGUGAAAAACAGCCAAUUUUAUGGGACUCUACCGCUCUGGCACUCCACGUUGAUGGAGCUCCUCCUUGCAAGCUCUGCUACUUCUCCCGGUUUUUCUUCUCAUUUCACUAUCUCUAAAAUUAUCAGAAGCCCCACCAUUUCGCAGGUCCAGACAUGGAAAUCUCUACAUGUGAGGACCUUAGAAGCUCGAUUACAGAAUUUCUUACUGUGUACAAGGACAAAAACCAGUAAUAGUACAAGAAGAUGCAAUAAUUCUAAUGAAGGUUUGAAAAAAGGGUUCUUGCUUCAUCCUGUAUGCAAGCUGAACAAGAACAUUUUUUCUCUGAGUGGAUGGUUUCACAUGAAACAUACUUGCAGUCACAAAGUGAUGAGUUGCUCGGACAGAUUCAAGCAACGCUUUUCUGUUCUUUUUGUCCAGUUAGUUGUUGCUGUGCUGCUUAUUACAUCAGUUUCAGUUGCUGUUAGUGAAACAUCAUCUUUGGCUCUCAGUGAAGAGAAUCAACUCUUCUUAGAGGCAUGGAGAACAAUUGAUCGUGCUUAUAUUGACAAAACAUUCAAUGGACAAAGUUGGUUUCGUUACCGAGAAAAUGCACUGCAAAAUGAACCAAUGAACAACCGAGAAGAGACAUACAUGGCUAUAAGGAAGAUGCUUGCCACAUUGGAUGAUCCUUUUACUCGAUUCUUAGAGCCUGAAAAAUUUAAAAGUUUGCAGUCUGGAACUCGAGGGGCUCUUACAGGUAUUGGCCUUUCAAUAGGCUACCCUACAGGUUCUAAUGGAUCAGCUGAGGGACUUGUAGUUAUAUCAGCUUCUCCAGGAGGUCCGGCAAAUAAGGCUGGAAUUCUGUCUGGAGAUAUUAUUCUGGCAAUAGAUGAUACAAGUACAGAAAGCAUGGGUAUCUAUGAUGCAGCGGAGAGGUUGCAGGGACCCGAAGGAAGCUCAGUGGAAUUAACCAUACGCAGUGGACCUGAAAUAAAGCAUCUAGCUUUGACGAGAGAGAAAGUGUCACUGAAUCCAGUGAAGUCAAGACUGUGUGAGAUUCCUGGUUCAGGGAAGGAUUCACCUAGGAUUGGGUAUAUAAAACUGACAUCAUUCAACCAAAAUGCCUCUGGAGCUGUCAGGGAAGCAAUUGAUACGUUAAGGAGUAAUAGUGUUAAUGCAUAUGUAUUAGACCUUCGAGAUAAUAGUGGUGGUCUUUUCCCAGAAGGAAUUGAGAUUGCCAAGAUUUGGUUAGAUAAAGGUGUGAUUGUGUAUAUUUGUGAUAACAAGGGUGUUAGAGACAUAUAUGACACAGAUGGAAGUGAUGCAUUAGCAGCUUCAGAGCCCCUAGCAGUGCUGGUUAACAAGGGAACUGCAAGUGCAAGUGAAAUAUUGGCCGGUGCUUUGAAAGACAACAAACGUGCUGUGUUGUUCGGAGAACCUACUUUUGGAAAAGGCAAAAUUCAGUCAGUUUUUCAGCUUUCUGAUGGCUCUGGCUUGGCAGUUACAGUUGCUCGUUAUGAGACGCCUACUCAUACCGAUAUUGACAAGGUUGGAGUGACACCGGACCAGCCUCUGCCAAAGUCGUUUCCCAAGGAUGUAGAUGGGUUUUGUGGCUGCCUUGAGGAUCCUGCAUCUACUUGCUAUGUCAAUGGACUCCAACUAUUUUCAAGAUAAGAAGGAUUUUUUUUCUUUUAAUGUAUGUGGGGGGGAAAAGGAGGAAAGUGGGGGUGGUGGUGGGGCACUGGGAGAUGUCUGAAUUGUUUGUGUAGUUUUAGCAUUCUUUUGAAGGUUCACUAAUUCUUUUUCAAUUGUAAAAUUAUAAGACGCACAUAACAGAUUUUAAAUUGAAUUGUCAUAAUGAAACAGAGAAUUUACAUAUCUCAAUGAGAAUUCUUUGGUUUUAUG